AUGGCGGGAGUAAGAAGUCUUCUCCGCGUUGUUCUGGGUUUUCUGUGGAUUUGGGAGAGUCGUGGACAGACAGAAGUACUUAGGAUCCUAUGUUGUCUUUUACGAACAGCCUGCCCAGAGUUACCUGUUCCAACCAACGGCAACAGGGCAGGAGGUCAUUUUCAUGGAGAUACAGUCACCUUUUCCUGUAACGAAGGCCACGAACUGAUCGGUUCUGAGAACAGAAGAUGCCAGACCAACCAGAGCUGGUCCGGCGUACAGCCCAUUUGCUCCAGAAAACUCUGCCAAAUACUGAUGGCACCUUCUAAUGGCAACUUCAGCGGCGGUACUUAUGGGGACGUCGUUACGUAUUACUGUGACGCUGGAUACGAGAUCAGCGGCGAUGAAGAACGAACUUGCCAGUCGGACCAGACCUGGAGCGGCACUCGGCCUACAUGCGCCCGAAAACCCUGCCCAGAGCUACCGCAUCCAACCAACGGUAACAGGACAGGAGGUCAUCUUUACGGAGACAUAGUCACAUUUUCCUGUAACGAAGGCCACGAACUGAUCGGUUCUGAAAACAGAACUUGCCAGACCAACCAGAACUGGUCCGGUGCACAGCCUAUUUGCUCCAGAAAACUCUGCCAACAACUGAUGGCACCUUCUAACGGCAACAUCAGCGGCGGUAGUUCUUAUGGGGACGUCGUUACGUAUCACUGUGACGCUGGAUACGAGAUCAGCGGCGAUGAAGAACGAACUUGCCAGUCGGACCAGACCUGGAGCGGCACUCAGCCUACAUGCGCCCGAAAACCCUGCCCAGAGCUACCGCAUCCAACCAACGGUAACAGGACAGAAGGUCAUCUUUACGGAGACACAGUCACAUUUUCCUGUAACGAAGGCCACGAACUGAUCGGUUCUGAAAACAGAACUUGCCAGACCAACCAGAACUGGUCCGGUGCACAGCCUAUUUGCUCCAGAAAACCCUGCCCAGAGCUACCGCAUCCAACCAACGGCAACAGGACAGAAGGUCAUCUUUACGGAGACACAGUCACCUUUUCCUGUAAUGAAGCCUACGAACUGAUCGGUUCUGAAAACAGAACUUGCCAGACCAACCAGAGCUGGUCCGGCGUGCAGCCCAUUUGCUCCAGAAAACUCUGUCAGCCACUGAUGGCACCUUCUAACGGCAACAUCAGCGGCGGUAGUUCUUAUGGGGACGUCGUUACGUAUUACUGUGACGCUGGAUACGAGAUCAGCGGCGAUGAAGAACGAACUUGCCAGUCGGACCAGACCUGGAGCGGCACUCAGCCAACAUGCGCCCUAUUUCCAGUAGCUGAUUCAGCUGAAACAGCGGGACUGUCCACCUUACAUGUGGUGAUGAUUGCCGUGGUGCCAUCUGUGAAAUCUGUCACCGAGAGCUUCCGACCAGUCACUCCGGUCUUCCUCAAUGUAAAAUUAACAGAUUUGGACAAACAACCACCCCCGCCUGUGACGGCUCGGCCACAGUUCCUGGAGUACGAGGUAAACCCGACUGAUCUGCGACUGAAUGAAGAGAUCGGCAGAGGGGCUUUCGGUAUCGUCUUCCUGGCGACUUUAAAGAGAGCUGUUGAUGGUCUUCUCAAGGAACAAACAGUGGUGGCCAAAACUGUCCGUGAGAACGCGAGAGAAGAGGAUAUACAGAAUUUUAUACAAGAGGUCGACACCACCAUCACCCUGAGGGGCCACAUCAACCUGCUCGGUCUUGUGGGCUGUUGCACACUGUCCCACCCUCCCUACCUGGUGACGGAGUACAUGCCGUAUGGAGACCUUAAGAACUUCCUACUCAAGUGCAGGAAGUUGAAUGAGAGGCUCCAAGACAGCAUGUAUGACUUCGACGACAUGAAGAUCUACCAGGUAGCACGGCAGAUAGCAAACGGAAUGACUUACAUUUCCCAGGCUGGUUACGUGCACGGUGAUCUGGCCGCCCGGAACGUGCUGGUAGGAGAGGACCUGGUGGUGAAGAUCGCAGACUUCGGCCUGACAACAGACAUCUACGAGCGAGGCUACCAGCGGCAGGACGCGGAGCAGAAGAUCCCGCUGAGGUGGAUGGCGCCGGAAAGGCUAAUGCGAGAGGGCCGGUACACAAGCAAGAGUGACGUUUGGUCCUUCGGUGUGGUGCUGUUCGAGAUCGCUACGCUCGGGAACGUGCCCUAUCCGGGUCGGGAACGCACGCUCCUGGAGGAACUCCGCACAGGGUACCGCGAAGCACGCCCGCCUGGCCUCAAACAAGAACUGUACGACAUGAUGCUGCGGUGCUGGCAAUGGGAGGAAGAUGAUCGCCCGGAGUUUGAGGAGCUUUACGAUGAGCUGGACGCUGUGGUAGAAUUGAUGGCCAAGGAUUACGUCAAACCUGGUUCCGGCUCCCCAGUGGGGGGUCAGAAUGAGGCAGCAGAAGCUCUUGAAACCUCGUACGACGUCCCAAAGUCGGGCAGGAUGGGGAUGCAACUCCGCGUCACUGCAGAGGUCUACAACAGCGAAGAUCGUGAUGAGGUCGACUCACUCGCGUCCUCCAAUGCAGAAGCCAGUUCCACGCCAAUAGAGAAGGAUGUGGACACCGACAAUGAUACCCAUACAGCAGUUAAGGGGUGCAAGGCCACGCAGCAAGACACCCUCUCGGAAAGUGAAGACCACGACCAACUACAAGUGGAAUCCUCCAUCCCACCGGGUGUAGUAAUUAUGGAUGCCGACGACAGUUCCACCGACUCCGAGCUGCCAGAGCCAGCGAAUGUGCAGAAAAAUGAAACCCCGGCUACAAUUGAGGACAACACCGAAGAUGCUGAAGAAGAAAUGCCUCCAACAACAUAA